CAUCUCUGAGCGAACACAAAGGGGCGGGACAACACCAGAUGUAAAAGAGUACGCAGCGGUUUUCUGUCGGUGAUGUGAUUGUUUUUCUGAUAGUUGGUUAGAGAAAACGCGAAUAGCUUUCCACGCACUCAAGACUUAGCAAGUACACACCUCAAUCAUCAUGGCUGUGGAAGGAUGUGGCCUCGUCUGCAAGUAUAUCAUCAUCCUAUUCGACUUCAUCUUCGCGGUGCUAGGCAUUGGUUUUUUGGGACUUGGUCUUUGGCUGAGGUUCAGCAACAACACAAGAUCAAUAUUUGAAAUACAGGAACUCAACUCAAGCGCAUUUGUGAUUGGGGUGACGGUGCUGAUCGUGCUCGGUGUAGUGAUGCUGAUUGUUGUCACAUUUGGAGACCACGGAGCGUGCAGUGAGAAGAGGUGUUCUCUGCAAGUGUUCAUUUGCCUUGUUGCCAUCCUUGCUGGAGCUGACAUAAUUAUCGGAGUGCUGGCCUACACCAAACGUGAUGAGGUCGGAUUGCGGGUGGCAGAAUUCUACACCAGUUUGUAUGGAGUGUAUGUGGCCACUGCAGACCCGGCAGUAGCUGUCACUCUCACAUUUGUGCAUAAAAUGAUUCACUGUUGCGGUUUGACAGGUGUCUCACUGAUAGAACUUGGCAAGGACAUCUGCCCGGCUCCACAGGGACUAAUGGAGAAUUUUAAGAUGGCUAGCUGCCCAUCAGAAAUAUCUACUGCCUUUUCCAGCAAUGCCCCUGUUGUGUUGGGCAUCUUCCUUGGAACCGGGGCCCUUUUGAUCACAGCCCUCAUCUGCAGCUCUAUUCUUGCUAAAAAGAUUCACAUGGAUGCUGCGUCUCCUCAAUACAUCAUUCUGCGUUCCCCUCCCUCCUUUAACCCCCAGCACCCCCAGGACUCCCAGCCUGUGGUCUUCACCCCUCUCUCUGCGGCCAAUCUUCCUAUUGCACAAGCUUGAAUCUAACAGCUUUUUAUAUAGGGCUGGGAAAUGGGACAAGAUUUUAUUGAAUUAUGUUUUUUAAGUUUCAAGGAUAAUUGUUUCAUCUUUGAGAAAAGUAGUCAGACAGUGGUAAAAAGCAAUUCAUGUAUUAUUAAGUUCCAUUUCGUUUGUCUACACCACUUGUCAAUAAUACUGUCAAAUCAAUAAAGGGCCAGGAAUACAUUGAAAUAAUAGAAGUAUAAUAAUAGGAGAAAAAGAAAAGCUUUAACUUGCUCUGGUAAGUUAUUAAAACAGACAGUGGGCCAAAAUCCACAAAGAAUAGCCCACACAAUACAUUCAAUUAAAUCUUGUUCCCUAGCCUUUUUUCUCUUACCCAUGCUCAUGUCGUUUUUUUUGUUUUUUUUUUUCUUUCCCUUGGAAUCAAUAGUCUCUUUCGCUCUUUCAGUUCCAUUAAGCAUGUGCCUUUUCCUGGUGUUUGGUUAACAUAGUGAGACAUAGAACAUCCUCUUUAGUAUAAUGCUGAAAUAUGGGUUGGUUGUUGCAGUUGCACAGUCUCUGCUCUUCACCCCUUCACCCCUUCCCGUCUCUCUGUACCAGAUUGUUGCACUGGUCUGUUCAGUCAUCCUCCACAGUCAUCUUAACAGAAGCCAGCGUGCCAUGGAAAGCUACUACUCCAAAGUGUACUAAG